AUGGCAGAGCAUGACAUUCCCAAAAGAUAUGGCAUUCAUCCGGUCCGCAUCGUCAGGAGUUCUUACGUCCAUAUCCCUGGCAGACGUCCUCUCACAGAGAGACAGAUAAGAGAAAACCGGGACAGCGAACGCAAUGUUCAACUGCAAGAACAGUACAACGAGUUAUGCCGAAGUCUUGUUAAGAUCCUGGAUGAUAAGAUGUUUCUCGCCGAUAGUCCUGGAUUUGUCAUCUCAGCGGUCGCCGGUGGGGCGUUACACGUCCCUUGCACUACUGUUGAAUUUGAAUACGAGGAAGCGGAUUCAAAGCUCUCGUUACUGGAAAUGAUAGGAAUUAUGAGAGCUAGACUUACCGAUGCGAGCUUAACUUUAUCAACGGAUAUCAAAUCACUCCACACCCUAAGCAAAGUUCUUCUGGGCCGAGGUUCUGAGCGUUCAGAUCGACUGGAACCGAACAUUCCUGACGUUUUUUACCGGGCCGUUCGAUCAGGCAGUUACAGUCGACAUGACAAAGACCUUGGUUUCCGUUCUUCAAAGCAGCCACUCACACUAUCUUCUAAUUAUGAUGGUCCUCUCCACGAAAGCUCAUUAAUCAACUAUGAUAUCUUGAAAAAUCAUUGCCAGGGCGACCAGCCUUCGGACCUUAUCGCCAUGUCUGAUAGCCCUGCGAGAGUUUUGGGUUUCGUCGAACACUGGGGUUUCAAAGACCUCGAAGGCGACAUGAUAGCCGUGAUUGGUGUCUCGAAGCUUCUUGCUAUGAGAGUCCUGUUCACUCGUACGACUACUCUAUGUGACAAAUUGGGUUUAGAGGCCUGGUCUCCCUCUAGAGACAACGGUCUCAGUUGGGUAAAUCGAAACUAUUGGGUAGCUUAUCGGUGGGUGCCAGCUGAAUGCAUUGAAUUCUGCAUCUCAGUCGCCUUUCUGAGAAGUGCUUGCAAGGAGCAUGGCAUUGGUAAGUGA